GGUGGUGGGGGCGAGCUUGUACCUUCCAUGGGGUGAGGGUGGGGGCGGGUCCACGGGUUGGUCCCCAGCAGUGGCUUGGGUGGUCUGCCCCCACCCCCCACUUGGCGGUGCUGAGUAGAGGGAUUGUUUGCAGUACCCGUGCUUUGCUUCCUGACUCCUCAGAAGUGGCAGUUGGGUCUUUGGUCUUUUUGUAUCUUGCUCAUAGUUGGCCUCAACUGCCACAUGCAUGCAGUUAUUUUUAAUCCCUUAGUUUCUUUGUAUUUUGUUUGGAGGAGAUUUGUCCAGGUGCAAGCACUGCACCAAAAGGCCCCAGGUCCCAGCCUGUCUCAAUUUCUUUAAGGCUGAGCCUUGUGGUGGUUCACCCACAAAGUAGGAAAGGAGAUUAUUUCCCGAUUUAUGCUUUCCCUUUGCCAAGUGUUUGCUUGUGCUUGUCCUUAGUUUUUCCUGUCUCCUUGAUCACAAGCCCAAAGAUGACAUCUUCUAAGCAAUGAGAAGCGUUUUCGCUCUGCUCUGUCCCAACCAUAGCAUUCCACGUUCUACCUGUGGUUUUUCCCGUUUACUGAGUCAUUUGAGUCACAUGCUAUAGGGCGGUUUUGGCUUCCCAGACUUGGAACACUGACUGCUCUUGGAGGGGGUGUCAUCAGCCCUGCUCGAUCAUGGAGAAACAAGUCCCCUCACAGAGGACACUUAAGGAGUCACCUAGAAGGCGGACUGGCAGGGCUGUUUUCCUUGCUGAGCACAGUACCCUCAGCCCCUAACAAUAUCUGGUGUUCAGGGUCUGCAAAUCCUUUAAGCGCAUAAGCGUCUCUAUGGGGAACGAAGCCACAGCAAUCAAUUGACUCGUACAAGGGUUCGCGCUGACAAAAGGCGGCUCAUUUACCGAGUCACCCAACUGGGUCACUGUGCAAUGUGCACGCAAUAUGCGUAAGCAAUAAGCAAUAUGCGUAAACACGGCAGACACUGAAGCCAACCUUCAGGCCCGGGCCCGGUGGCGGCGGGAACAACAGGCGUCGAGUCCCCGGGAGGACGUCCCCGAGCUGAGGGCGGACGGCACGGGGCCGGGGACGGGGCCCCACGGCUUACAGGCGGACGCCACCCAGAGCCCGAGGGCCCCAAGCCCGUCUCCAAAGGCGGAGCACAGAAAACCAGUAAAGCACCCAUCCCCCGGCCCAGGCCAGCCCCGCCCACUCCGCCCACUCCGCCCACUUCGCCCACUUUCUCGGAAGCGCGCGCGCGCGCGGUGGGGGGGGAACCGGAAGUGACGGUAUUUCUGCGCGCCGCCCAGCACGUAUUUUUUGCGCGCUGCGCGCCGCUCGGGACUCACAGGCGUCCCGGCAUCUCCUCUGGUCCGGCGCUAUGGGCAAGAAGGGCAAGAAAGAGAAGAAGGGCCGCGGGGCGGAGAAGACGGCCGCCAAGAUGGAGAAGAAGGUGUCCAAGCGCUCGCGGAAGGAGGAGGAGGACCUCGAAGCCCUCAUAGCCCACUUCCAGGCUCUCGAUGCCAGAAAGACUCGGAUCGUGGAGACACCCUGCUCCCCACCUUCUCCAAGGUUAAAUGCCUCACUCUCCGCUCAUCCUGAGAAAGAUGAAUUAAUCCUUUUCGGAGACUUUUUUAUACAAUGAACUCUACAUCUACAACAUCAGGAAGGACGCCUGGACUAAAGUCGAAAUCCCCAACCCACCUCCGAGGCGUUGUGCUCACCAGGUAUGUGUCCGUGUGGCCAUCAGCCUCCCCUCCUCUCUCGCUGGGGCUCUGACUCAGGAUUGCAUGACAGGCCUUUAGAGCUGGCGAUGGCGGGCAGCCUGGUAUGGAGAGGCUGGACCUGGCACCUGGU